AUGUGAAGUUGGCAGCACGACUGAUUUCGGUCUUGUUGCCGUCGUUUGCGGCUCGAAGUAAAAGAUGGUGGUUCAAGAAACGAAUUGUGAAGUAACGGAGGAACAUCUUGAGAAUCAAGAUGAGGAAGUCUCGAGCGACCAGAAAGUGUAUUCCCUAGAAAUAUUGAAGAUAAUCAAAGACGCACAGCAACAGCACGGCCUGCGCCAUGGCGAUUACCAACGCUAUAGAGGGUAUUGUUCUCGUCGAUUACGGAGACUGCGCAAAGUUCUGAAAGUGCCACAGGGUGACAGACGGCACUUCAAACGGCGCGACGUCCUGCCAGCCAUGGUCAACGAUGACAAAUUUUUACAAGUACCAUUGACGAUGGCCGAAAGAGCUUGGAGUUACGCUAUGCAGCUGCGUCAAGAGUCUAAUACUGAGCCCAGAAAGAAAUUUCAUCUAGUCUCCAGAUUAAGAAAAGCUGCGACCUACUCUCUGCAGUUGCAAGAAUUGAUAGAGAGUGUAAAUUGUGACGCACGUACCAAGCUGGAGGCACAAGCUUACGUUGCAUGGAUGCACGGUUCUCUACAUUUCGAGCUGCAGCUGUGGAAACCGGCGAUGGAAAACCUGAAGAAAGCUCAAGUUGUUUACGAAAAGCUGGCUUCAGCCUUGCCAGACCUCGAGCAAGUCAUAUAUAAGGCAAGGGUUGAGGAACUAGCACCCAGUUUAAGAUAUUGCGCCUACAACAUUGGUGAUACUUCAGCCAUAGACGACCUGAUGCAGAUGAGAGGACAACUCAGCGGUGAAUUAUUGGCCAGUCUGGAUUCAUUGAUGGCUCAAACUCGCGGCAAACAAUCAAACGCUGAGGAGGUCACAUGGCGUGGUAAAAGCUGCGGUACAGUUCCGCCGAGAGCUGCAGGACUACUCAUAGCUGACUCGAGAUUGAAUCAAGCGCUAUCCAAGGCAGCUAAUUAUCAAGCAAAGAUUGAUUUACUCGAAGCACAUCUUAUAGACUGCAAGGAUGCGAUCGCGACUGUAAGAGAGGACUUCAAAGCAGAGCUGAAAAAUCGUGACACGGAUAAGAACAAUCCACCCCAACAUUUGGUUACCUAUUUGCAAUAUAUCAGACUGUCGAGAACUCUAGAGAGAAAUUUGGCUUUGGUUAAAAUAGCUCAGGAGUCUGAGAAGGCGAAACCGCAAGAUAUAGUGAGAUUGUACGAGGCGGCUUUGCACAACCUUGUAGAAAUUUCACAGCUUCAAGAAGAUGAGGAUUAUCAAAAGGAACAAGACACAAAAACUAAGGGAUAUCGCGCGUUCAGAUGUUUCUACAUGGCUCAAUCAUUGGCAAACUUGCAUCGUUGGCGAGAAGCAAUGGCCUUGUACCAAAGGUCCUCCCAACAUGCUAAAGAUGCGCUUCGCAAUCCAUUGGUCCUACCUGAGGAGCUCAAAAAUGAUCUACAGAAACUAGAGACUCUCAUUGAAGGAGCUCAGUACGCGGCACACGCUCAUAGCGUUCUUGAGGAAGGCCAGGAGGAAGAACCUGGUACAAGUAAGCAGACUAGAAGCAAGAAACCCCUUUACGAACGCCUGCACGAGUACAGAGAAGAUCCUUCGCUCCUCACUAAACAACCAAACGUUUAUAAACUUCCGCCAUCCAUGCGAAGCAUCCCAUGCAAACCGUUGUUCUUUGACCUAGCUUUUAAUCUUGCAGAGUUCCCCGAUUUGUCAGAUAAAUUAGGUGAUCAAGGCAAAAAGGCAGGCCAGGCUGGGCUUACCGGAUUUGUCAAAGGUCUUUGGGGUUGGGGAAAUAAGUAAUGUUUCUUUUUUUUUACAUAUCUUAUGGUUUUAUAAAGCUCUAAAAUUCCUCAAUUUUUGAAUGAGUUGAAAAACUUGUAGAACCAAAACAUAGAUGCAUCUGAACAUUCUACGGUUCAAUUUGUAUCAGUAAUAAAAGCUAAAGGUACAGUUCAAUUGUUUUUCGAUUUUCUUACCACCGUUCAUAGUUCACCACUGCUUGAUGGCUGCGAGUGUCUCAGAAACGAAAAACACUCGUAAUAGAAAUACGUAUUGUAUUUAUUCUUCACCAAAACACUUCAAUACAAAUGCAUUUUCUCUGUAUAUUAUCUCCUUCCUACGAACAUAUUAUGUGCACCUAUAUUGUAAGUCGUUCCAUGGUACAAGUACGCAUAACUUUGUGCUGAAAUUCUCUGUGGAAAUCUAUGACCUUCGACAACCCAAUUAUAGGUAACGAUUGAACCAAUGCAAUCGCGAUAUUUGAGGGAUAAACUAAAUCACACAACUUUCAAAGGCACAUUUAUCAAAUAUUUACAUCAUUAAAGUAUAUUGCAGUACUUGAUGAGAGCUCGCCAAUGCAUUCAUUCAUCAUCCUUGUAAAGGUCAACAUGUAUUUUUAUGCAUUGCAUCUGACAAGAAUAAAGCAUGUACAAAAAAAUUUGCUGAGUAAAAAAAAUGAAUGUUGAACAGCCCUGCGUAGCGAUAACUUUCUCAGAAUCACGAGUAUGGGCAGCUGCGAAUUCAUUUUGAAAACACCAAAUAUAAUUUGAUUCAAUAAGACUUUAAGCUUCUUUACUCCUUGUGAUCUGCUCAAUUAAUCUUCGAAAAAUUCGAGCAAGCUCACUAUCAGGGAGUGUUACCAAAAUACUUUGGCCCUUAUCUGCCAGCUUACCAACUGCCGGAUCGAUUGGGAUUCUACCUAAAAAUGGAACCUUGACCAUUUCUGCUAGGGCUUGUC